AUGCUUCCCAUUGCAGGCCCUGCCAGAGUGGCUCUUCAAGCCCUCUCCUCAUCGCAGAUUUCUUUUCUUCACCGUCUUCCAAAGGCUGAGCUUCACGCCCAUCUGAAUGGAUCCAUUCCGUUGCCCGUUCUCCAAGACCUAGCGCGAGAACACGCAGCUGCUCGGUCCACACCCUCUGAAGACGUAAGUGCAGGCAUUAAGCGCCUUCAAGAGGGCGUCCGACUAGACAAAAUCGGAGAUUUUUUCGGCCUCUUUCCAGCCAUCUAUGCUCUCACUGCAACUGCACCUGCCCUGCGCCGCGCGACUCGCUCUGUCCUUGAACAUUUCUUGGGCGGAGAUGAGCCCCAGGUGUCCUAUCUAGAGCUUAGGACUACACCUAAACACAAUGAGCACAUGACUCGGCGGGUGUACUUGGAGACCGUGCUCGAUGAAAUCGAAAAAUACACAGAUGAGCAGGCAGCGUUAGUUGUGAGCUUAGACAGGAGGAUGACUGGAGAUGUGGCAGAGGAGGUCGUGAGUUUGGCUGCCCAACUAAAGCAAGAGGGCCGGAGGGUUGUCGGUGUCGAUCUUUGUGGUGAUCCGAUGGCGGGAGAUAUGGCUGUUUUCUCCAAGCACUUCAAGGCUGCCAGAAGGGCUGGAUUGGGCGUGACGCUUCACAUUGCAGAGACGGAAAAAAAUCCAGCGCCGGAGACCUUGCAGCUUCUUUCCUGUGAACCAAAAAGGUUGGGUCAUGCCACCUUUCUGAACGAGGAGGCAAAGGAAAUCGUGCUCAAGAACAAGAUAUGUAUAGAGAUUUGUCUCACAUCGAACCUUCUGUGCAAGACAGUGGGCACCCUUGAGGACCAUCACAUUCGCUACUAUCUCAAGAACGAUCAUCCCAUCGCUAUAUGCACGGAUGACAUACUUCCUUUCCGCACCUCUAUGCUGGGAGAGUACGCACUUCUUAUCGCCCCUAAGCCACUUGGUCUUGGACUCUCAGAGCAAGAGAUCGAACGGGUAGCUAAGAUGAGUAUGGAGUCGCGGUUCAAACCAUAG